UAAUAGCCCGCCACUUGUACCACAUUUUUUUGGGAUAUUGCAGAUACUUUACACAUUCUUUUUUCUUAGUUUAAAAUUCAUAUGAAGCAUUGACAUUAGGUACGGUUGGAGAAUAUGUCUUCGUAUCAUUUUUCUUAAAAUUUGGUUUGUUUGAUGAACAGGUGAACCCCAAAAAAGAAAAGAUUUUGAAGUUGAGAAAGGAUUUAAAGGAAGCCCAAAUGGCGGCUGAGGAGACUGAGUAUCCGUUGAGACAUGCAUCUGAGAGAGCCCUACGGAUAAGGAGCAGCCGAGGCAGUUGAGACGUGAAGCCAAAAGGGCGCGAGAAAAACAAGGGAACAAAUUGAAGGAAUUGAAAGAUUUGAUUCGCUUGCUAACGGCGCAAUUGGAAAGGGUUCGUGUUAAUGGAGACCCGCCCUCAAAUACCAGGAACCUGGCCUCAAAUACCAGGGUCCUGUUCUUUAUCGUACCUACUAAAAGGACGACAAGUCCUCAUAUUCAAGUUGGGAUGCCAGUUACCGAGAUUGGUAAAGAAUUACGCAUCAAGUCUUCCAAAAGAAUUCGUUGUGGCAGCCACGAUUUGGUAGUUUUUAAGGGAAGAUGGGGAAGACUUCCUUUCAACCAACCCGUUGUUGUGCAGCAGUUGCCACGUCUUUAUCGCGACUUUGUAAUCAGGGAUUGCAGUUUUCUCUUUCAAAUUUGUACAAGUUAUAGGAAAGGAAGCGUCAUAUAUCCCAAGGGAUUCUUGGAAGAUGAUAAUUAUAUAUACUUUUGUGUAGAGAGAUACAACUGUACCUUGCUUGAUCUCGUUCGAGCUGAAGCUAUCAGUCGCUCCAAGGACAGCUCAGAGCUCUUUGAGCCCCAACUCGUGACGGCAAAAUCUCUUCUAAACAGAACCUCCUUGUGGCAGAGCAAAAAAUAUACCCAGGAUGCUCAAGUUACUCGAGUUUAUUUGUAUUAGUGAGGUCAAUGCAAGAUUUGUUCGUCUUUAUUAUGUUUUGCUUCAUUAUUAUUUUUGCCAAACAAGUUAUGUUAUAUUUUUUAAUCAUGUUGUUCAACAAUC